AUGCCAUUAUUCUGGCUCCCAUCUGCCAGUCUUUCUAUCACUUCCACCCAAGAAACCCGACCUCACCCGCGCCCUUGGAGGAGCAUCAUUUUGCCCUGCCUUAGGGCUCCGACAUACUGGUCACCCUCGUCUUCACCUCACCUUCAACUCGCUAAAAGUUCAUCAUCCAAGCGCCUGCUGAUGUCUGAUCGUUCCGCGCGAUCUCGUAGCCCACCGACAAACGUUCCAGGGCCUCCGCCUCUACACGCCGUGCUCCAUGAACAAGAAUUCGGCAUUACCUUCACCCCAGAACGCUGUGAGACUGAACACGGCAGCUGGAUCUGGGUCCCAUCUUGCGGCUUUCGGGAACUCGAACGACUCAUCGCUGCGCGCUGCAGCCGUAUCACUAGGUACGGAGAAACAAGAUACGAGACACUUUAUAGACGAGGCGCGCUCGAGCUCACGGCUGAAGCUCAACGGAACCCUCGUGUGGUCGAUCACAUCUCCAUUCCCGGUUACCAAGACACAAGGCGACAGGCGGACGCUCUGCGAGGACUCGGGCCCCGUCCCUACUCCCCCCCAAGCGGCCGAGAACUCGCUAGGCAGCUUGCGGAGCUUACCGAUUCCGACUUUCCUACGGGCGAAAAUCCUUUCCGCAUGGAGUACGAGAACUACCAAUCGCCGCCGGCGCCGGCGCCCUCUACCUCCCCUUCAAACCAAGAGGCGAGGCUCAAGGAUCUUAUCAUCCUUCAGGCGGCUGCCAACAACUUGAGAAGGGAUGGAGAUAUUGGCGAGAUCGAAGACCAUGUCCUACAGUUACUUCCGGAGCCCGAGAAAUCACUCACAGACCAGUCCCCUGCUGAGGCGAUGCUGCUGGGUAUUGAGGCAGCUAUCGCCCGGCUGAAGACCGAACUCGAUCCCUCUCAGCUUGCUGAGGUUUUCCCGGCUCCCUCCCAAGGCCACAUUGACGGGCACGGGACCUCCGAUAACCCUUUCAUGGUAGACGCUCCUCCCACUAGCCAGGCGCCCAUCACUGGCUCGACUCCCUCUACCUCUGCCGCCACAGUCUCUACCAUCAACGCCACGUUCCCCACCAGUUCCUUCUCAUUUGCUGUUCCUACCUCGACAGUGACUGCCUCCGCCUCAACGGCGCCUGUCUCCAACCCCAUAUUCCCGACGUUUUCCUCGACAGCUGCUGCCCCUGCCUCUACAGUUACCGCAUCUACCUCCAACCCCACCCCAGCCCCUAGCAUACAGGCACCAAAUGUCUUUCAACGUUCGGAAAGCCAGGCUCGGUCCAUGGCCUCUCCUAGCUACGCGGAGAAGUAUGCGGGGAACCGGGAAGAAGGACGAAAACGCAUCACACCCGAACCUGGUCCCUUCGAGACCUUGCCAGGGUGGGAUGACCGCGAUGAUAACCCAAUUAAACCUUCACAAACUCCUGACUGGCUGGCAGCAUCUUUGGAGGCUGACAGGGCGACCAUCAUGGCCUUACAGGCCACCCCAGUUGCGGACAUCGACGGGGAUGCUUUUCAGGCCGACAUGGUGGGACAAUACGAGCUGAGAGUCUGGCGCACCUGGACCUUCGGCAAUACUGCUCCGGUUAUCCUCAAAAGAUGCCAUCAGCCCCUCAGGGCCUUCAACGCCGCAGUUCGGUGUUCUCGGAUAGCCGAACAUGACCCCGAGACCAUAGUGAAGGCAUCCCAACGACUCCUCCUUCGAAACCAACCUCUCCCUUCCCACAAAGCUCCCUAUUCUGCUGUUGUUGGAUUCUCUGGCAUCACCGCUCAGCCGGUAACCGCUCGGGCGCCCGGUAAGGAGAAUUCUGGGCACCUCGAUGCGGGUGAUAAUUCCAAUGGCAUCUACUUCAAGACGGAGCCUAGCAGCAGGCUUUGCGGUGGCAAUGUCAUAUGGCAUGAGAGUAUGACAGUCCCAGGAAACAUCGCCGCUAUCAAACGCCUCGUCAUCCACAACGACAGGAACUUCCCGACCGAGACCGACCCCAUCCAAACCCUCCGACAAGAACAUACAAAGCUUGCCGAAGGGUUCCCCUUCACGCCCCUAUCAUUCAAGACACCCACAGACCAGGACAACUCUCGGCGCCCGGCCUUAGCAAAGUUAUACAUGGGCGACUUCAGCGAGAGUAUCGAUUCUCACUUCCGGCUGAAGAUCCCCUGCCUGGGGAUUCUCAGUAUUCCAAAGGAAUUAGGCACCCGCCUCGACACUUUCCUCUGGGCGUUCCCAUAUGACCCCAUGCCGCAAAACCUCGCGAUCCAGGCCGUCCUCGUGUACAAGUACUUGAAGGACACAGGGGCCGAGGAGCCCUACGCGACACCCCGUACGGGGAAGCACCACCCUGUCCCUGAUGUGGCUUUGUCGGUUUUCAUCUUAUAUUGGCCCCAUUUCCUCCGUUUCCACGAAGUCCAUAAGCUGAGCCGGUACAUGCACCCCUUCCGCUUUAUUAGUGCUCACUACGCCAAAGAUGUAGCGGGGAGUAGCUCCCUUGCCAUCUCGGACUAUCAUCUGGACGGAAAACGGAUCCUGAGUCUCGCUGGAUUCAUCCGCUCAGGAAGCCCUGACAUUGCCACAGAGCACUGGAUCGAAGUUUUGCCUCAUUCUAUGCCAGGGACCUCUUUGAUCUGGCCCACGGGAACGGGAGCUGCUGAGAGGGGUCGCAAGGGGAUCUUUGCUCUCUGCCUACUAAAUGACAUCAGACUCGUCGGGCUACCAAGCUAUCACAGACGGGCAAGUUGGCUCCAGAUGAUUGCGGUGCCCAGCGCAGUAGCAAACCUCACGCUCAGAUCAUACUAUGCCGGCCAGUUAUACGCCCCAACCUUCCCCUACCCCAGGUUCUGGGAUCCCAGCAAGGGUGGGAGCUUCGUUGCCGUCACGGGUGAUGCCAUGACGGUCGGUCCUUUCUUCAAAGACAUGCCGCUCGACACCAGUAUCGAUACGUCCUCUGAUCUCGGCCCUGAUGUCCCUCUUGCGGAAGUUUUUCAGAACCCUAUCUUCGAUCCGACUCCUUACAAGCCCUUCCUACGCAGCAUCGCGGAGAGGAACCGUAUGAGAUUGCGCCUGGCCCAAACCUUGGGUAUCCCACAAGAGUCUCUUGACUUUUCGCCCGAGACCGGCUUGCUCUUCUGGGAGGGAAUGAGCAGCGAGAUCGCUGAGGCUGUUGAGAAGCGUACCGUUCCUCUGGUACUGAAACAAGCUCAGCCGGUGGCCCGUGAGGGACCUUUCCUGCCUCCCCCCCGGCCUCGAGAACCCACUCCUGCACCUACACUCCCCCCUAUCCUGCCACCCGCGCCGGCGCCCAUCAUACCUCGGCUCACUUUGGUUCAGUGCGCACAUCUUCGACUUACGAUGGAUAGCAUGCAAGUUUAUGCCAAGGCAUAG